AUGGCAAGCUUCCUUGCUGGGUACAAUGGAACCAUCUUUGCCUAUGGCCAGACAGGAUCAGGGAAGACCUACACUGUGGAGGGGGGUGCCAGGAGGUAUGCCGACAGGGGGCUGGCUCCAAGAGCCCUGUCUAUGAUCUACAAGGCUCUAGAAGAGCGUCAGCAGGAGGAGAUCUCAGUGAAAGUGUCGUACCUGGAGAUUUACCAGGAGGUGGGGUAUGAUCUACUCAACCCUGCCAGCAAAACUGGAGUGGUACCUCAACUCAGCAAGGUGUCAGUAGUGGAGGGUGGAAAAGGGUACUAUGUAGUCCGGAACCUGUCCACCCAUCUGGCCUCCACGGAGCGCGUGGCCCAGAGCCUGCUGCUGCAGGGCCAGGCUAACAGGAAGGUGGCGGAGACGCCCAUGAACCGGCGCUCAUCACGGUCGCACGCGGUCUUCACCAUCCAGCUGCAGGCCAAGGAGAUCGGCUCAGAGGUCAUCACAAGAUCCAAGCUGCACCUGGUUGACCUUGCGGGGAGUGAGAGAGUGUCUAAGUCGGGUACCCGCGGGGCGCGGCUAGAGGAGGCCAAGUUCAUCAACCUGUCCCUGCACCACCUGGAGCAGGUCAUCGUGGCACUGCAGCAGGGAGCACGGCGUGCUGGGAAGGACAACUCAGGAAUGAGUCGUAAUGCCAGCAGCUUCAGCCUGGUGUCCCUGGCCAUGUCCUCAUUCAGCACUGUGAGCACAGGGAACAGGGAGAGACACAUCCCCUACAGGAACUCUCUACUCACCAUGGUACUCAGGGACAGUCUGGGAGGAAACUGUCUGACAGCCAUGGUAGCCAACAUCUCCAUAGAACAGGACAACCUGGGAGAAACCCUGUCUACAUGCAGGUUUGCACAGAGGGUGGCCUGUAUCACCAACCAUGCCAGUCGUAAUGAAGAACUAGAUGACAAGAUGGUGAUUAAGAGACUGAAGAGGAGAGUAGCAGAGCUGGAGGCUGAAGUCAGAUGUCUGAAAGCCGGGCUACCUCCAGGACAGAAAGCAGACAAGGAGAGUUCCGAGUCCGACCCCCUGCAGCCUGUCCAACUGUCGGAGGCAGACAAGAAGAAGUGUGCUCUGGUCAUGCAGGCCUUCCUGGUGGGCAAGGUCAACGACCCCGUCACUGCAGGAGUGAACAGUCCGUACAUGUUCCGUGAGUGUUUGCGGGUCCUGAGGGAGCUGGUUCUGAAGGGGAUGGGCCGCUGGGUUUCGGAGACUUCCCUGGAGUCCUCGUCACGUCCGAUCAGCCAGCAGACCACGCUCACGGCCAGCAGUGGCUUCGACGAGACGCCUGUCAAGACAAAGCCAAGCAGCUACCGUCUGUUUGAAGGAAGUGCCAAAAAGUCUGCUAGUAAAUCCAGGAUCAGAAGUGCGCCCACCCCCCAUCACAAGUCUGACCUGCCCACAGAUAAACCCAAGAGCGGCACCUCACGGGAUGCCAACACACCCGCCAGGCUGUCUGUACAAUCAGAACCAGUGUCUCCCAGGCGGAAGGACCAGCCCAAAGUUAAGACACCGUUCGAGAAGAAACGAGAGAAACAGAUUCGCACCAUCAGCAAGAAACUGGAGAAGAGUCAGGUGGAGCACCUGGAGCAGAGGAAGCACCUGGAGGAAUUCCAGCAGGACAUCAGGUGCCAGCAGCUGGAGCUGGUCAGGGGGGAACUGGAGAGUAAGAUCUUCCUGACUAAGGAGCAGCUCGCCCGGCAGCAUGCGUACGUACUGCAGCUGAAGCACAUCCACACAGAUGAAGAGACCCUGGCACAGGAGAAACUGGUGCAGCAGCAACUGCAGAAAACUCUGAGUAAGGCAGAGAAGAGACUUGAGUUGGUACAACAGCACCUGGAAGACAUGGAAGCCAAGGAACGAUCCCAGAAUGCCCUGACUCCUUCAAACGAGGGAGUAAGCAAGGUGUCCAGUGCCAAGUCCUACAGGUCCUUCUUGUCGGAGCCUUCAACCGUUGGGCAGAACGGUUCCCCCCUGUUAUCAAAUGGAGAAGUCCACAGUGCCAAGUCCAGGAGGAGCAGCGAGGGAGUUGCAGUACCAGUCCCGGUCAGAGGGGGCGCUGUGAGCAGUAGACAGGUCCUGGAGCAGCUGAAAAUGGAGCAGAAGAAACAACAGAAGGAGGAGAAGAAGAUCCACCAGGAGCGCGUCCUGACGAUCAGCAAACAGCUGGAGCUGAAAGAAGCCGCCACCAGACAGAAGCUGCAGGCGCUCAAGCAGAUGUUGAAGGGUCCCGGACAGGGGCGGCCGCCGGUUACCGCAUGGGGUGGCUCCACCAGGGGCCAGUCUAACGCUGACCCUGGGACCUCAGCUGUCUCAGAAACAGGCCUGUCACAAAGUCCUGGGAAGGGCGGAACUGGAGGUGACGUGUCAGGAGGGUACAUCCCUUACACCAGCCGAACGCCGGAUGUACCGGUCAGGCCAAACAGCUUGUACACCAUUGAAGAUAACGAGAGCACGCGUAGCACCGCGAACACUGGCAGCUUGAAAGAAGGGGACAUGACUGGGAAGACGUUUAUGACUCAGUCCUAUGAUGACGAUGAUGGUUUUCAAGACGUUGGUGACCGAACUUUUACUAGAACCCUCACUAGUCCUAGAGAUGGGAACACUAGUUAUGAAAUCUCGAAGGACGACAGUGCCGAUGUUCCUACGUGGAAGCCACAUUCCUUAGGGUAUGGGACUUCCCAGGGAGCUUUUCUUCCAGUCAAACCCAGGCAGCAAAGAGAGCUGUUUGAAACGCCAACAUCUCAGCCAGUCAGAGACUCGGCUGCAAAAUCUAGAGAGGGGAAUACAAAGAAAGCUGCAGUAACGGAUCCACAUGCUUCUCCCCAAAAGACGUAUGCUUCUGAGGGGGGCAGAAAUCAUUCAGAUUCUGUUGGAGAUGACUCUCGCCAUAAGUCUGGAGAGUUCAGUGCUUUUUCCUUUGACCCGAGCCAGUUUUCCCUGUCUUCGAAGACCUUCGACUCAGCCCUGCAGGAGAUGCUUCAACAGGGAGACCCAACCACGGCAAACCAGCUAUCCAGGGGAUCUGCUUACAGCAAGAAGCCAAAGUCCGGUAUAUCCAGUGUUAUCAGCGUAACCAGUAGCGAAAGUUUGGGGCUGUCUCGUGAGUCCACCAUGUACGACGACGCAGAUUCCGCAAACUACAGGAAAGACUCGCGGCCCAUAACGGCGGAAAGCCAUGGUACGUGGUACAGCGGAACUCCUGGCAAGGCGAGCGCAGUCAGCUCAGAUGGAGGAAUGGACAGGCAGACUACACAGGCUUUGUUUGAGGGGAAGUUGUCUAAGUACCUGGGUGGAGCUCAGCACGAAGGAAUUGAAGACAGCACAAAUCGUCAUGGUGAUUCAGGGACCUCACUGGAUCAGUCAACUACAGGACAAUCUCAAGAAGGUACAGCCCAAAACUCCGCCACUCCCGAGGGCCCCUCCCAAAGCGCCUUCCUCCAAUUCCUCAAUAAGAGUCGCUCCGUCUCCCCUUCCCAGCGCACAAGCUCCAAGACUCACAAAGACGGAGGAAGCGUAAAAGUCAAAACCACGGUCAUGAUAGAGGAGACCACGCCCAGACGGAUCGAAGCGGAGAAGGAGAACGAUCGAGAGCGUACGUACAUGGACACGGUACGGGAACAGAAGGAGAGGGUGGAGAGGAUACGCCGGGCACGUAGUGCCGCCGAGACCAUACAGCUGGCGUGGAGGAGGCACAGAAGUAGAUUAAAAGCUGCUUGA